AACCAUCUCCCUUUCCCCCUCCCUGACGCACCUCACCUCGAAUUCCCUCUCCCACCCCGCCUUGAACCCAAAAACUCCCUCUUCGCCUUUCCACCUUCGCCGGAACCUCUUCAUCGGCAUCCAAGAAUCCCUCCUCGCGCCGGCGAACCCAAACCGCCACUCCUCUGCCAUAUCCACCCCCUGAACCACCACGCCAAAACCCCAAAAUCGAAAAUCCCUAAAAUCGAAAUUUAAGGUUUUAGAGUGUCGAGGUGGAGGUUUUUGGCUAUGGUGGGCGGCAGCAACGUGGGGAGGGGGGAUCUGGGCUGCCGGCGAAGUGGUUUCGAGGUGGUUGAUUGAUUUUCGGCUAUGAUGGAAAGGUGGGCAUGGUGGUUUUGGGGAAUGGGAUGACACAGGCGCGGGGUUAAGGGGAGGGGUGGCGCUGGCGCAUUGGGGAGGGGCGCCAACGACGGGGAGGUUGGGUUGGGUGGUGAGGAGGCUGGGUUGGGUACUUGGGUGGCGGUUGAGGGGAGGUGAUUGGCUAAGGUGGUUGGGGUAAGGUGGUGUUUUAAUUUUUUUUGAAGCUUUUUUUUUAAAUAAUUAAUUAAUUAAUUUGAAAACCAAUAAGAUGAUGCCAUGUGGACAAAUGAAAUUAGAUGUGUACGGUGAAUUUGAAAUUUUUUUUGUAUAUAUAGUCAAUAAAAAAAUAAUUCAGGUAUAUAUAUGAAAAAUCCGAAAAAAUAAUACAAAUGUGUUUAGAGAUAUAAAUACAAAAAGCAAAAGCGGUAAAGUUAGGAAAACCUCGGCAUAAUUUUCAAUGGCGAAACUAACAUCCGAGCUGACAACAGACAAAUUAUCCUCGGAUCCUCAAUUUAACGCCGUUACACUCUUUAAUUAUUGCCGUGCUCACGUUCAUGGCUUCCCUUCCUCUACUACACCCUCUCAUUUCUCUGUUCGUCAGUUUGGGCAUGGUCAAUCAAAUCCUACAUUCUUGUUGGAAGUUGACGUCAAUGGUAUCUUGAACCGGUAUGUCUUGAGAAAAAGGCCCCAUGGGAAACUGCUCCCAUCUGCUCAUGCGGUGGAGAGAGAAUUUAAGGUAUUACAUGCAUUGGGUACUCAUACCAAAGUACCAGUUCCUAAGGUCUUCUGCUUGUGCACUGAUACAAGUGUGAUUGGAACUUCUUUUUAUGUAAUGGAGUAUUUGGAGGGUCGCAUAUUUUUAGAUCCAACCCUUCCGGGUUUGGAUCCGCAUAGAAAGAAUGCAAUAAAUCGUGAGUCAGCUCGAGCAUUAGCUUCUUUGCAUCAAAUUGAUGUUGACACCAUUGGUUUAGGAAAUUAUGGGCUUCGUGAAAACUAUUGCAAAAGGCAGAUAGAAAGAUGGGGAAAGCAAUACAUGGCAUCAACUGCAGGAGGUAAGCCCGAGAGAAAUCCUAAAAUGGUAGAGCUUAUCAGCUGGUUGCACAAUAAUUUACCUUUGGAAGAUUCAUCUGGAUCUGCUUCUGGUCUAGUCCAUGGUGACUUUCGGAUUGAUAAUCUUAUCUUCCAUCCAAAUGAGGAUCGAGUGAUUGGAAUCCUGGACUGGGAAUUGUCUACUCUUGGAAACCAAAUGUGUGAUGUUGCUUACAAUUGCUUGCAUUACGUUGUGGAUUAUUCUAUCGAUAAGAUAGGUCAGGACAAAGGAUUGGAAGAAACUGGGAUACCAGAGGGGAUUCCUUCAAUGGCUGAAUAUUUAGCAGAAUACUGCUCUGCAGCUGGAAAGCCUUGGCCUGCUGCUCAUUGGAAGUUCUACAUUGCUUUUUCUUUGUUUCGUGCAGCAGCUAUCUAUGCUGGCAUCUACAGCAGAUGGAUCAUGGGUAAUGCUUCGGGAGGAGAGCGGGCAAUCCAUACUGGAGCCAAAGCUAAUGUUCUCAUAGGUUAUGCAUGGUCCUUUAUUUCUAAAACUUCUGUACUUCCAGAGCGUCCCCCAUCUGGCCCAUUUUCAUCAGAUCAUAUUCAAAAUUAUGGAAAUCAACAUGAAAUUCCAAAUACCAUAGAGGAAGGAGGCAAGUUUUCUAUAAGUGGAAAGGUUAUAGAACUAAGGAGCAAAUUGAUCAGAUUUAUGGAGGAUCAUAUAUACCCCAUGGAGAACGAGUUCUAUAAACUUGCUUUGUCUCCCUCUCGCUGGACUGUUCACCCCGCAGAAGAGAAAUUAAAGGAGCUGGCAAAGAGAGAUGGGUUAUGGAAUUUAUGGAUACCUUUAGAUAGUGCUAUGCGUGCUAAGAAAAUAUUUGCCACUGAAAAAAGCCAAAAAUCCCCUGGUGGUCAGUUACUUGGACCAGGACUCUCCAACCUUGAAUAUGGACAUCUGUGUGAGAUUAUGGGCCGUUCUGUUUGGGCUCCUCAGAUUUUCAAUUGUGGGGCUCCUGAUACUGGAAAUAUGGAGGUUUUACUACGCUAUGGGACUGAAGAUCAACUAAAAGAAUGGCUUAUACCUUUGCUUGAAGGCCAAAUACGUUCUGGGUUUGCAAUGACAGAACCACAAGUAGCAUCCUCUGAUGCGACAAACAUUGAGUGUUCCAUAAAAAGAGAUGGUGAUUCUUAUGUCAUAAAUGGAACCAAGUGGUGGACGAGUGGGGCAAUGGAUCCAAGGUGCAAACUUCUCAUCGUUAUGGGUAAAACAGAUUUUGAUGCCCCAAAGCACAAGCAACAGUCCAUGAUCCUUGUUGACACUAAAACACCUGGAGUACAUAUCAAAAGACCACUGAUGGUGUUCGGCUUCGAUGAUGCCCCUCAUGGUCAUGCUGAAGUAUCCUUUCAAGAUGUGCGUGUGCCAGCCAAGAAUAUUCUACUUGGAGAAGGACGUGGAUUUGAAAUCGCACAGGGUAGGUUAGGACCUGGAAGACUCCAUCAUUGCAUGAGGCUUAUUGGUGCUGCUGAGCGUGGUAUGCAGAUGAUGGCUGAAAGAGCCCUUCAACGUAGAGUGUUUGGUAAACUAAUUGCUCAACAAGGCUCAUUCCUUUCAGAUAUUGCUAAGUGUCGUGUAGAGCUAGAGAAAACUAGACUUCUGGUUCUGGAAGCUGCUGACCAACUUGAUCGGCUUGGAAACAAAAAGGCACGUGGGACCAUAGCAAUGGCUAAGGUAGCUGCUCCAACCAUGGCGCUGCAGGUGCUUGACAUGGCCAUGCAGGUGCAUGGUGCCCUGGGAUUGUCCAAUGACACUGUUUUGGCACAUCUGUGGGCAACGGCAAGGACCCUGAGGAUUGCUGAUGGUCCAGAUGAGGUUCACUUGGGUACUAUUGCCAAAUUGGAGCUGCGAAAAUCCAAGAUGUAAAGCUUCUAAAAUAUGCAAAAACAAAAGUUUUAUUACUUGCAACCCAGCCUCUGUUGAUCCCGACAAUGCCACCACAGAAAAGACGGAUAUGUCCCUCAAAUAUAACUAUUGCUCAAAAUAAAUGUUGUAAACCUAUGUAAAAGAUCACAUUUUAACUGCUUUACAAAAAAAUAAUACAGAACAUUUUAUAAAUGUUGUAAUGUUGUAAAUUUUUUUUUUAACAAAUCUAUUAAGGAAAAGUAAAUUGUCCGUGUCCGAGGCUUGUAUUGUAUUCAAUCAACCUUGAUAGCUAUAGCUUGCUCACUUCGAGCAAAUGGAAACUCUCAUGGAUUUCACGAUACUUUGCGAAAACAAACAUAAGCUUUGCUACUGUAUAUAAAAAUCAGAACAGUAUGAAAUA